AUGAUGAAAUCAUAUAUAUGGCUUGAAACUUCUGAUGGAUCAAUCCAACAAGUUGAACAAGAGGUUGCAAUGUUCUGUCCCAUGAUAUGUCACCAAGUGCUACAGAAGGGUGCUGGAUCUUCCAAGAACAAUGCAAUAUCUCUUCCACAGAAAGUCAGUCCUGCCAUGUUAAGUUUGAUUUUUGAUUACUGCAGAUUCCAUCAAGUACCUGGACGUUCAAAUAAGGAACGUAAAGUUUAUGAUGAGAAGUUCAUGCGGAUGGAUACAAAGCGGCUAUGUGAGUUGACCUCAGCUGCUGACAGUUUACAGUUGAAGCCUUUGGUUGAUCUUACUAGUCGUGCUCUUGCACGGAUUAUUGAAGGGAAAACCCCUGAGGAGAUACGUGAAAUAUUUCAUCUGCCUGAUGAUCUUACUGAGGAAGAGAAGUUAGAGCCUCUGAAAAACACGAUGGAUGAUCCACGUAUUCGACUCUUAAAUAGAUUGUAUGCUAAGAAGAGAAAGGAAUUGAAAGAAAGAGCAAAACUUAAGAGUAUAGAGGUUGAAGAACAUGUCGACGAGCGUUCUGUGGAUGACCUUUUAUCGUUUAUUAAUGGCCGAGAUCACAAAGUGGUAAAUACUUCCAAGAGCAAAAAGAAGAACAAGAAAAAGAAGGAACAUAAAAAUGGUAGAAUAAAUGGAACUUGUGAAGUCUCAAAUAAGGAUUCACAUAAUUUGCAUUCCAAGCAUCGAAGUGCUGAUGAGACUUCGUCCAGCUUGGGAAGUGUAUCUAACUUACUUAGUAUGGAAGAUGAUAUAUUUUCACCGAAGACGGAGUUUGAAGAAGAUGGUUAUAUAGAUGAUGAAAUUGAUCCAGCUUUGAAAGAAAUGCUUGAUAGGGAAGUAGAGGAUUUUGCUCGGAGACUGAACUCAAGUUGGGUUCUAUCAGUAGGACAAGAAAGACAGCCUGUGCACUUUUCCUUAAACGGCAAUGGAGCUACAAGGCGAUUGACAGGUUCAGCUGCAAGACAAAAAUGAAGAUGAUAACGCUAGCCUAAUGGCUGGAACAGUUUUGGUGAUCCCCACAUUUAGAUUUGUAAGCAAUUAGAGACGAUGGUAUUGCGUUUCAUGGGUGUUCCUCCUCCUCCUGUAAUGUUUUUUCCCCACAGUUUUGUUUCUUCUUCGUUAAUCCUAGAGUUUUAGGAUUCAGUUUUGCUCAUUUUUUCCUCAGUGAUCAACCUUUGUAUACCACUUUUUAAUUCAAAAUACUUUCCUGUAUUUUCU